CGCCCUCUCACGUGCUCGGGACGCGGUCACUAGGGCUGGAGCCGGCUGGCACCAUGCUGCGGCAGUGUGCUCUACGGGUGCUGUCGCGCACCCGGGCGGCCCCCGGCUGUCGCCGCUACGGUUCAUGUUCGCCAAGCGCCGGUGGCGACACUGGAGAAGCGCGGGCCUACUUCACCACGCCCAUUUUCUACGUGAACGCCGCGCCGCACAUCGGGCACCUGUACUCGGCGCUGCUGGCCGACGCUCUGUGCCGCCACCGUCGUCUCUGCGUUCCCGGUUCUGCGUCCACGCGGUUCGCCACCGGCACGGACGAGCACGGCCUGAAGAUCCAGCAGGCGGCAGCCACCGCGGGUCUGUCCCCAAUCGAGCUGUGCGACCGAGUGUCUGCCCAGUUCCAGCAGCUUUUCCGGGAGGCUGGCAUCUCCUCCACCGACUUUAUCCGCACCACGGAGGCCCGGCACCGGCUGGCCGUGCAGCACUUCUGGGAGGUGCUGGAGGCACGGGGUAUGCUGUACAAGGGGCUUUAUGAAGGGUGGUAUUGCGCCUCCGACGAGUGCUUCCUGCCUGAGGCAAAGGUCACUCGGCAGGUGGGUCCGACAGGGGAUCCGUGUCCUGUGUCUCUCGAGAGCGGACAUCCUGUCUCCUGGACCAAGGAAGAAAAUUACAUUUUCAGGCUUUCCCAGUUUCGAGAACCACUCCAGCGGUGGCUUCGAAACAAUCCUCAGGCGAUCACUCCGGAGCCGUUCCACCAGACAGUUCUUCAAUGGCUGGAGGAGGAGCUGCCAGAUCUGUCCGUUUCUCGAAGGAGUAGCCACUUGCACUGGGGCAUUCCGGUUCCCGGGGAUGAUUCGCAGACUAUCUACGUGUGGCUGGAUGCUCUGGUCAACUACCUCACCGUAGUUGGCUACCCAGAUGCAGAUUUCAAGUCUUGGUGGCCAGCCACAUCUCAUAUCAUAGGUAAGGACAUUCUCAAAUUUCAUGCCAUUUAUUGGCCUGCCCUUCUCUUAGGGGCCGGACUGAGGCCACCACAUCGUAUCUAUGUCCACUCACACUGGACGGUUAGUGGCCAAAAGAUGUCCAAGAGCUUGGGCAAUGUGGUGGAUCCCAGGACUUGCCUUGAUCGCUAUACUGUAGAUGGCUUCCGCUACUUUCUCCUUCGGCAGGGAGUUCCCAACUGGGACUGCGACUACUAUGAUGAAAAGGUGGUUAAAUUGCUGGACUCUGAGCUGGCAGAUGCCUUAGGAGGUCUUUUAAACCGGUGCACUGCCUACAGGAUAAAUCCUUCUGGGACCUACCCAUCUUUCUGCACUGCCUGUUUCCCCAGUGAGCCAGGGUUAACGGGACCAUCGGUUCGUGUGCAGGCCGAAGACUAUGCACUUGUAAGUGCGAUGGCCACUUUGCCCAGGCAGGUAGCCGACUAUUAUGAUGACUUUCAGAUUUAUAAGGCUCUGGAGGCAGUGUCCAGCUGUGUUCGGCAAACUAAUGGUUUCAUCCAGAGGCAUGCACCAUGGAAAUUGACCUGGGAAAGCCCUGAGGACGCCCUCUGGCUGGGUACUGUGCUUCAUGUGGCCUUUGAAUGUUUGCGAGUUUUUGGAACCUUGCUUCAGCCUGUUACUCCAAGCUUAGCCGAUAAGUUACUGUCAAGACUGGGCGUCUCUGCCGAAGAGAGAGGCCUUAGAGAGCUCCACUUCCUACCUCGAUUCUAUGGACACUCAUGCCCCUUUGAAGGGAGAAAGUUGGGACCUGACACUGGGCUUUUGUUUCCAAGACUGGACCAAUCCAGGACUUGGCUAGUGAAAGCUCACAGGACCUAGAAACAGUUCUUACUGGCUGAUGGUAAAAGGGCAAAUGUAUUCUUUUUGCAUUUUCAGGAACGUUAAAGUGUUUAGAAAGUGUUGUACUAGGUGAGUACAUAACCUGCGCACAUCCUUAAGAGCCAUUCAGGUACCAGGUACCUAACCCACUCUGUGUCACUAACCACUGUUGACAAGUGUCUGAGGAGGAUGCCUAAGGAAGGGGACCAAGUUCCUUCUCAUUGUACCUUCUCCCAAACCAUGGUCCAGACUACCUCUCAUGGCUUCUAAUACUCAGGCUAAUUGACACAGCCCCUCCUGCAGCUGAAGGUAGACUGCAGUCCCUGGCUGGUUUUCACAGGUCAGCCCUACUCUUCAGACUACAUGACUUUUGCCCAUGUUCAUUCUCAUUUUUUAAAUUGCUGAGUUGUGCUUUGUAAUACUACACUUCAUCCAGUAGAUGGCUCUGCUCUCACACAUUCAACUACUUAUGAGUGGUUUCAGAAGACUGAGAAUCAUUUCACAGAUCUUUAGAAUUUUACUGUUAUUCUUAAAGGAUAACUUUGGAACCACUGCUAUUUUAACAACACAAAGAUACUGGAAUUUUCAUUUUAAAACUACUAAAAAUGACAUGUACAGUAAGUAAUAAGUAAAGAUAACAGGUUAUUUCCAUGAUAAAACUGUAGAGCUCUUUAGGUACACUAUGUAUUACAAAUAUUAAAUUUCAGUAAUGAUUGUAUGUAUAAUUCAUCUAUAAAGCCCCCAAAAGGGCAGUAUUCUCUUUAUAUUUAUUUCCUGACUUAUCCAUAAUUUACCUCAUAUGGUUAUUUUUGGUCAAUCAGGAUAUAUAAUACAAUGUAGAAAUUAUGUAAUAAUUAUUAGUAUAUUUAUGUUAAUUUUUGUUCAUUACUUCUCUUUUUGAGACAAAGUUUCACUAUAUAGUUUAAGCAAGUGUACCACCAUGCCUGUCUUUUUCUUUUGUUAUUAAAGUUUGAUUGUAAACAGAUUA